UUUUUAGAAAUAAAGGCUGUUAUCAGAAUAGCUAGUAAUAAAUAUUUGUUGCGCCAUAUUCUACCCAGGUUUAAAUUAUUAUACAUAAGAGUAUUUCAUAGCGAUGACUUUUUUAUUGAAUUUCUUCGUGUUGAAUAUAUUAAAUCUAGAAUUAUUUGCUUAUGAUUUGGAGCCUCCAUUAAAAAAUUAUAAAGAUGGAAGUAAAUCUGCUUUUAUUCAAGCUCCAUACGUUAGCAUUGCACGAGAUCAAAAAGUAAAGAAAAUACAAGAAGAGAUUACAGGCAGUUGGCCCGAAGGAAUAAUAAAAUACUAUGUGGAAGAAAAGAGUUAUGAUUCAUCUAUCAUUACUCUUAUACGCGCUGCGAUGGGUGUUUUGGAAUCGUCAGCUUGUAUACGUUUCAAGGCAGUCAAGGAUAAGCCAGAGGGCAAUGACACAUGGCUGCACAUCACCAAUCCAAAAAAGAAAAGGGAAUGCGUGCAUGAACCCGAGGUUCUGGAUAGCGGGGAAAUUGUUUUAGUUCUUGGUUAUGACUGCCUUAAAUCUAGAGACUUGAUACAUUCUUUGCUCCAUGGUGUUGGAUUAAAGGACGAAGUGACGCAUCCUCACAGAGACAACUAUGUCAAAGUUGUGUGGGAUAAUAUACAACCUGCUUACAGACAUCUAUAUCGUACCCAACCAGUAGAGAAUUCUAGAAGCAUAGUUGAGUACGAUCCAUUAAGUAUUAUGCAUUUCCACGAUCGGGCUUUCAGUAUGAAUGGCAAAGCAACAAUCCUACCAUUGGAAACUGGUUUAAGGAUUUCGCCAUCAGACGGCUUAUCACAGUUGGAUAAAAUGAAGUUACAUAUAUAUUUUGGACACGAAUGUAAUAAGAGGAAAUUCGUUUCCCUCAUGGAAACAUGUAAAAUGUCUUUAAAGAGUAAAAAAGAAUCGGCUAGUGAUGAAAAUCGUGAGAAAGGAAAGGAUCGAGAUAAUGUUACAGGAGAAAAAGGUGAUAGUAAAAAUGAAAAUGAAGACCACGGAGGAAAAGGUGGUACGGAGAAUGCUAAUAAACUUGAAAAGGGUGAAACAGAUGAAAAUGAAGGAGAAGAAAAUGGAGUAGAAGAAGAAAAUGGAGUAGAAGAAGAAAAAUUUACUGAAGAAGCAAAUAAUUCUGAAAAUAAAGAAGAGGUAGAUGAAAAUACUACAUGGAGAACCUUACAUGGAAAUUUAACGGAACUCGAGAAAAAUGGCGAAACUGAAGACGCUAAACAAAAUACUGAAGAGGAUAACUCUUCAAAGAUUACAGAAAAGGUUCAAGAUGAUGAUGAAAAUAACGAUGAAUCGAAAGAAAAAUCCAAAAAACGAUACAUUCCUGCAAUAAUCGGAGUAAUAGCUACGGCAAACUCUGAUAUGAGUUCCGGAAACGUAAAUCAGUUGACGGAAUCGGAGUCUGCAACAGAAAAGAAACUGAAUUCUGGAAUCAACUUAAAUUAUGAUAAUUAUACCGACAAAUAAAAACUUUGUCAUUAUAUAAAUAUAUAUAUAUUUUUAAUA